UGACAAAUUUAAGAAUCUGCUUAGAAAGAUUUAAACCACAAAUUAGGAUUCUACAAAAACAGAAGUGGAAUAAUUUGAAGAUCCGUCUCUUUAUGUAUGGAGAUUACGAGUAUUUAUGUGCUAUGUAUGGAAUUAGUGGGGCAAAUGGCCGUCACUGUUGUCUCUGGUGCAGCAUAAAGACUGACCAACUUUGCAUCCCAAAAUUUAUUCGUGGAUCUUUUCCAAAACGUAGCUUGGACAGUUUGAACACAAACCUGCAGCGAUUUCGUGACAAUGGAUCGUUAGUGAAAAACGCCAAACACUAUCAAAAUGUGAUACAUGAUUGCUUCUUUAACAUCCCCCUAGAACAAGUAAGUAUAAUGUACUUCGUGCAAUGUUAUGAAAAUUCAGCAAACCUAUUUUUUAUUACUUUUUAUAUAGGUGGCUAUACCAGGGCUCCACCUAACACUUGGGAUAUAUUUAAAAAUGUUCAACAACUUGGAAAGCUACUGUCAAGAAGUUGAUUUAAGAAUUGCCACAAUUCAUGCUCAAACUACUGAUGGUGAAAUUAAUAUUAAAUUUGCAGAGUUUAUGGCAAAUAUGAGAAUUUUAAUGUAUGUACACCUUACUAGAUUUUUAUUAUUAUUAAUACUACUUCCAAUCAUAUCUUGGGCUGCAUUUCUUUAUAACAUAUCUAUAUA